AUGGCUCAUGCGAGUGGUGUGCAAAAGGAUCUGAUACGCGUCGCCCUUGACGAAGACGUCCAGACUCUACUCGAUUGCCAGACCCGAUCUCCAAUAGGCCUGCUGUGUCCGCGGAGCCAGAAGAUUCUAUCGGCCCUUCACAAGGAUCUCACAGUACAGCUUUUUGCUGAGCGUAGAUGCUAUCGCUACGAUGCCAAGUCAUCACACCUCGACAAGAAGCCCAUUGGCCGAUCGGAAAGAUUGAAAACUCCUCAAAAUCUCUGCUUGUAUGCUGUCCUCUAUGGAUCUUCGGCAUUAUUUGAGAAUGUCGGGGCUUUCGUAGCUAGAUGUAACAUCUUUUUGCAAGACCCUAGGCAUUGCAUAUUGGAUGUUCUCUAUCGUAACCCUCAAUGCUUGUCACCCAAAAACGGCGAAAUAUUACGCACUCGCGAUCUAGAACACGGGGUGGGACUGGACACCUCGAUCAACAACGUAAAUCCAAAUGAUCUCUUUGCGGAACUUGCAGAGCAAGACGAUCUAGUGGAGGCCAUGGUACCGUCAGUCUUAUCAACAGGGUUACGGAGACACCAAAAACAAGCCUUGACUUUCAUGAUGCAUCGAGAACAAGGCUGGGAUUUCAAGCAAAAGUACAAAGAUCUAUGGCAGGAAAACAAGGAUAUUCAUGGUCGUUUCUCCUACCAGAAUCGUGUUACAGGACGUGAGCAAGCCAGACCUCCUGACCAGUUUCGAGGUGGACUCUUGAUAGACGCUCCAGGCCUAGGCAAGUCGCUAAGCAUCAUAUCACUAAUCGCAUCAGAUAAAUUGGAUGAUCCUAAUCAUGGACCUACCACCUCGAAGGUAAAGGUCCAUCCACCUCUUCAAAAGCCUUCUAAUCUUCUAGCACACAUCAUUCGGGAACCUUCCAAGUCUUUUGCGCAGUCUACUUGUGAUCUCAAGGCCGAUCGGCGAUGGGCAGUGACAGGCACCCCCAUUCAGAAUCGCCUCAUGGAUCUCUUUAGCCUUUUCAAAUUUCUUCAGUGUCAUCCAUUUGAUAAUCGUGAGGUAUUCGCUGCGCAAGUUGAACAAAGCUGGAAGACGAUGUCAGAUCCAGUCUCGAUUGCUAAGUUGAAAACGCUUGUCAAUUGUCUCUCGCUUCGACGUCCAAAAGACAUAAUCCAGCUACUUCCUCGGAAGGAUCAGACAAGCUAUCUUGAUUUCAGCGAGCUAGAACGGGAGGACUAUAAUAAAGUGAGAGAUCAAGUGAGGUUACACAUACAUGCGCCCACGCCGGGAGAUGGAUCAGCAGUCUUUCUCAGCACGCUCCACUGGUUGAAUGAAUUACGCCUGCUAUGCAACCAUGGAAAAAGACCUUCACUGGAAGCCCCAGAUCUUCCUCCAACCGAAGCACCCUGGAGCCAAGUUGUUGCUCAAACGCGCUUUGAUCAAUUGCGUGGGGCAGGGCUGGCACGAUGCUUCAGUCCUCAAUGCGAUGUGUCUUUCUCCGCCUCCAUUGUUGAUGAAGGUGAUGAGAAGCAUGACGAAGACCCUUGGAUCACCAAGUCAUUCGAAGUCUUUUGUUCCACGUGCCGCGAUGCAAAUAGCCAACAACAGUGCGAACUGUAUAGACUUUGUAAUCACGAUCCCCGCCGAAUCUUAAAAGACCAAGGCCAGCCUGUCUCUCUCAAGCAACAUGAGCAGGCCUUUUCUUCUAGUAUCCCACUUUUACCAACUAAGGUGCUCAGACUCAUUCAAGAUUUGCUUCAAACCCAAAAAGAAACCAAAAGCGUCGUGUUCUCUUUCUGGACCAAGACAUUGGACCUCAUCCAGCCCCUUCUACAAGCUAAAUCUAUCCGAUGCGUUCGAUUAGAUGGAUCUAAGUCGGCAGCUCAAAGAGCAAAUGUUCUUCGAGUAUUCCGAAGCAAUAAAGAUAUACAAGUCCUCUUGGCCACAAUUUCCUGCGGUGGCGUUGGUUUAGACCUUACUGCAGCCUCUCGAGCGUAUAUCAUGGAGCCUCAGUGGAAUCCAAUGAGCGAAUCGCAGGCACUGGAUAGAAUUUACAGAUUAGGGCAGACAAAGGAAGUGAUGACCGUGAGAUACAUCAUUCGUAAUUCAUAUGAAGAGAUGGUUCUCAAGUUGCAACAUAAGAAGAAGGACCUUGCUGACUUGACAAUCAACACAAGGAAGGUCAAUAAGGGGGAGCUGACUUACCAAAGACUACAGUGGCUGCGGGAACUCGUUGGCUAA